AUGGCGGACGAACCAAAAAAAACUGCGAACGUACCAGAAAACAUAAAAUUGUUCAUGUUUGAUCUGGCAGGUACAACUGUAGAUGACUCGAUUGAGGUUGUACUACUUGUGGCUAUCGCUAUGAAAGAAGCUUUUCACAAAAAUGGCCACAGUAUUGACGUGAGUUUAGUUAAUAAAUACUGUGGAAUGGAGAAGAGAGACGCACAGUAUCUUAAAGGAGGAACAACUGAAGUUUUUCAGAAGUUGAAAUCCACAGGAGCGAAGAUUGCUGUUGGGAGCGGCUUCCCGCACAGUGUCGUUGAAGCCAUCACAGAUACCUUGAACUGGUCCAGCCUGGUCGAUUUUGUCUGUAGCGCAGAGAAAUUGGGUCAUGGAAGGCCUCAUCCAGCAAUGAUCCACUCGGCUAUAAAAUUUUUUGGGAUAAUGGAUCUACGAUCAGUGGCCAAAGUUGGAGACACUAAGGUCGACGUUGAAGAAGGGAAGAACGCUGGUUGUUGGACGAUCGCAGUGUUAACUGGGACACAGAGCAGGGAGUUUAUUGCAAGGAGUAAACCGGAUUUUAUCAUCAAUUGCAUUGCUGAUUUACCUGAUCUAUUGUCAGGGACAUUCCAUUUAUGA